GCGAGAGUUUGCGAUCAGUCACUGUUCUUGUUCAUCGUAUCGUAGGAAGAUAGAAACGAUUGGAAAAGAUGUGCGAGCUAAGUAAUUUGGACGAGUGCUACAAAAUUGCUGAGGAGUUAGUUUUGUACGCAGGAAAGAUAAUAGAAGAUGGUAUCAGUAGUAGAAAAAAUAUCAAAAGUAAGGGGAUUGACUGGGACCUUGUCACAGAAUACGACCGUAAAAUAGAAGACAAAUUAAUAAAAAAAUUGUCGAUACAAUUUCCAUCACACAAAUUUAUUGGAGAAGAAGCGGCAGCAAAGGAAGGGUGUCUACCGCAACUGACCAACGAUCCUACGUGGAUAAUAGACCCGAUAGAUGGUACGACCAACUUUGUACAUCGUUUUCCACAUACGUGCAUCUCUUUGGCACUACUAGUGAACAAAAAGACGGAAAUCGGAAUAAUAUACAAUCCUCUUAUGAGGCAAUUUUUCUCGGCGAGGAGACACUGCGGUGCCUUCCUUAAUGGCAAGCCCAUAAAAACCUCUGACACAAAAGACAUAUCGCAGUCAUUGGUGGCUAUGGAACCAUGGCUCGCAAAGGAUCCUCAGUACUUAACCAGUGUAUAUAGUAGGAUGCAGGCCUUUAUACAAACAACUCAUGGAAUAAGAUCACUAGGCACAGCAGCGCUUACCUUGUGUUACGUAGCAAUGGGAGCUGUAGAGGCAUAUCAUAUCGAGGGUAUCGAUGCUUGGGAUGUCGCGGCAGGGAAAUUAAUAAUCGAAGAAGCAGGUGGAGUUGUAAUAGAUACCGACGGGGGAGAACUAGAUCUAAUGACUCCAAGAGUCAUAGCGGCAUGCAAUCAGCAAAUUGCACAACACCUUGUGGAUCUCAUUAAGAAAGCUGAUUCCCAGAUACUUAAUAAAUACUUGAACUGAUCAUCGGCGUAUGCAGUACACAUUAACGGCGUAUGCAGUUACACAUCGUAUUACACAAUACACAUGUAUACGCACUAUAUGUGCAUAGAUUUAAAAACACUAACAGUAUUACUGUUAAACAUGGCUUAAAGUCACAUAGAUUUAUAAAAUUUAAGAAUUAUAUUGUAGGACUGAGAGAUAUCUUGUACUUUCUUUCUGCACUGAUAAUUACUAUAUAUUGCAAUAAUGAUUAGAAUUUAUAAAUGUUCACAAUACUGAUAAUAAAUAUCAUAUUUAUA